CCUCGGCGCGCUCGCCCCGCGCCCGCCGCCGCCGCCGCCGCCGGCUCGGCUCUCCUCACCCCCGCCACCCGCCGGGCCGGCCCAGCCCCCAGCCCCCGCGCCGCUCGCACCCCCGCGGCCCCGCCCCGCCCCCGCCGGCGCGGGCUCCUCACCUACCGCCCCACGCGCGCGCUCGCGCACCACGCGCCCCGCGCGGCCCGCCCGGAUCGUGGCCUCUCGAGAGCAAGAUAUGGGAAAGCAGAACCACCAAAAGAAGUGAUGACCAGCGAUCUCAUGAUAAAUCUGGAUAUUAGUUUCUCAUGCCUCAGGACAUCCAGUUGGAAACUCCACGCCAGCUCCUGGGAUCAGACUCUCAUCCACUUAAUACCCCUCUUUGCCUGAACUACUAAGCCAGAUCUAGCUAACUACGAAUGGCUACCCAAAGGAAACACUUGGUGAAAGAUUUCAAUCCUUACAUCACCUGCUAUAUCUGUAAAGGGUAUCUGAUCAAGCCAACUACAGUGACAGAAUGCCUCCAUACCUUCUGUAAGACUUGUAUUGUCCAGCACUUUGAAGAUAGCAAUGAUUGUCCGAGGUGCGGCAACCAAGUUCAUGAGACAAAUCCGUUAGAAAUGUUGAGGUUGGAUAAUACAUUAGAGGAAAUUAUAUUUAAGCUGGUCCCUGGACUACGAGAACAACUUGAACGUGAAUCUGAAUUUUGGAAGAAAAAUAAACCUCAAGAAAAUGGACAAGAUGAUACUUCAAAAGUUGACAAACCUAAAGUAGAUGAAGAAGGUGAUGAAAAUCAAGAUGACAAAGACUAUCACCGAAGUGACCCACAAAUUGCUAUAUGUCUAGAUUGUUUAAGAAAUAAUGGGCAAUCAGGGGACAAUGUAGUAAAGGGUUUGAUGAAGAAAUUCAUUCGAUGUUCUACACGUGUAACUGUGGGAACUAUUAAAAAAUUUCUGAGUUUGAAACUAAAACUUCCAAGUUCUUAUGAGUUGGAUGUACUGUGCAAUGGUGAAAUUAUGGGGAAGGAUCAUACUAUGGAAUUCAUCUAUAUGACAAGAUGGCGACUAAGAGGCGAAAACUUUCGGUGUCUGAACUGCUCAGCUUCGCAAGUCUGCUCUCAGGAUGGCCCUUUGUAUCAGUCAUACCCCAUGGUAUUGCAGUAUCGGCCAAGAAUUGAUUUCGGUUAGACCUAGAUCCCACCGAGAUGAAUCCUGCACUAUUUGUUUACUCAUCAACAGAUUGCACAGUGAACCGUGUGUGGACUAGAGGGACACAACCAGAUUUUCAGCAUGCAAAUAAGGCCAUUAUUUGUCUCUAAAUUGUCAGUUGCAUUUAUGUUGUUUCUAUUAAGAUCAAAUCAAGUGCCAUUCUGCUACCAAACCAUCGGCAUCCAGUGUUUGUGUUGUCUCACAGGGUACCAGUCAUGGCUGAAAUCAGUUAGGUGUGCAGCCAUGAUUCAGCCUUCUGAAUAUUUUGCUUGCCUGUUACAGGAUUGUUCUAAUGUUUUAUUACACUAGUAAUAUGGGUCAAUCUUUGUGGUGUUGCAGUUUUCACAUACUCUUUUAUUAAUUGUUUAGAGUACUGUACAAAUUGCUAUAUCUGAAAUUAUUUUGUAUGGAAAAUAUAUUUAGUAAAGUGGUUUUGAGCCACUGUCCUGUUCUCAGUAAGCUUUUUGUGUGCAAAAUAGUUCACUCUAGAGUGUGCAAGUCCUUUGGGGAAGAAUUCCAAUUAUUAUUUAACAUUAGAGCACAUUAUGAUCAUAGGCCUUUUAAGUCAUCUGUGUAGUCUACCAGUUGCACAAGGAGGGCAUGUUAGCCCUCCAGCUUGAAAACAUAUGUGACUUCUUGGAGAACUGAAGUUAGACUCAUAACCAUUCAAAAUGUUGGCAGCUGAUCACAUUUAUUUCUAACAGUUAAUGUGUACGGUUAAUCUUUCAUAAUGCCUUAUGACAAGUGGGUGCUGCUUCAUGAAAUGUUGCUGUGUAGUUCAUUUUAUGUGUGCACCAUCAUAUUUGUUGCUCUCAUUUAAUGAGUAUAUUAUUUCUCUUUUUAAUUCGGCCUUAGGUGUGUGUCAUUGUGGCAUGCAGAAGGUUAUAAUAAUUUUCAAUAUUAGGAUUUUUAGAGCAGAUAACAUUAGCUACUUAUGGAUUUCAGAAGUCUCAAAGCAAUUUUAGAUUGAAAAUUGUUAGUUAUCUAUCACAUUUCCAUAUGCAUAAAAUAGAAUGCAGUGUAGUAAAUAUGCUAACCAAAAUUAAUGGUUUAAGGAUAUUUCAUAUUAGAUCCUGUAAGUAAUCGGGGAAGUGGGAUGAUUGUUUUAUACAUAAGUUUUUACAGUCAGAACUAAAAUAAUAUCCUUGGUUUUGCAGUUUUAAGUCUUCCAUUCAUUUUGAAAUUAGUUUGCAAGUCAAAGAAGGUCUUGUUACCUUAAGUCAUAUGAAGAACUUCAUUUUAAACCUCUUGAAAUGUACAAUUGUUUUCAAAAAGCUUCUUUGGAAAUUAAGUUUCAUUAACUGCUCCAAAACAAGUUAACCUCUGAAAUUUAGGGGAAAAAUCUUGCAAGUCAGGAAAAAUAUUUGUUUUAGAAAUCUGACAUGAGCACAAUCUGUGUGUUACACACAAUUUUUAUACUGAAUACAUGGUAGAUGUGCUACAUUUUCCAGUAAAAUGUAUCACAUAUUAAUGCCUUCGGAAUCUCAAAAAGCUUCUUAGAAAUACUGUACAACUCUAAACACAAAACACAGCUAAAUCUGGAUGCAUUGCACAAUGUAAAAGGCUGAAACUUCAUAAUCAUUUCCAUAUAUCUUUUUCAAGUCAAAAAAUGUUUAUUAACGUUUUCUGUUUUUGUUCUGAUUUUUAUGAAAAAGGUUAUGGCAAUACUUUCUUAAUUUCAUCAUUAGUCUGUGUGUGUGCUUGGAAGGGCCCACAAGCAGAAUUUAAAAGGCAGAUUUCUGUUAACUCUAAAAAUGAUUGGAACAGACCAUUACACUCAGACAAAAACUGAAUUUACUCCCUAGCUAUGGAAAUUAUUUUGCUAUACAACAAAAUCCAAUUCCCUGACAUCCCUAAGAAAUUUUAAAAUUUAUUUUAAAUUUAUCACAUCUAGGUUGGUGAUUAAAGUAGUGUUCUACAUAUGGAAGUUGAUUUUAAUUAACUCAAAAUUAAUUGAGAGGACAUUUUAAAAACUACAAAUGAGACCUGGAUAUUUUUGGGUCCCCAGCCAAAACUUACAGCCUUAAACGAGUUUUAUUAUACACAAUGUCUUUAAAUUUGGCCUCUUGCCCUAUCAUAUGUAAUUUCACUAUUUUCUAAGAAAAUAUAUAGAAAGCAAUUGUGGAAUUGAGAAUAGUCUAUAUACAAUUUUUUAUUUAAUGUUGAUAUUUUAACAUUUUUAUUGAACUGCAAUGGAAUAUGUGCCAAAACAUGUGAAAACCUUACAUAAAGAAUGUCAUCAGUCAUCAUUUAGAUAAAGGUACACAUUUUAUGAUGGUCAUGAGUAAUCUGGUAUUACUAUUAAGAACCACAGACUUUUUCAACUGACCUCUUUUGGUAUAUUCAACUGUGAUUUUUUAAGUAUGGGACAACUUUCAUGUCUAGUAGUAUACUAAAUCCCCAGUUUAAUUAUCCCCUAAGUCAGACUGUGGAAUUUGCAAGAAACCAGACAUAAAAAAUAUAUACAGGUAGCUUUUGUGGUUAGUUUUGUAAACUUAGGGUGCUAAUAAAACAAACUCUUUAUAUAUACUAUAGGAAUAAUCAUCAAGUCUAUAGCAUUGGAGAAUAAAACUAGGUUUUUCUUUGAUCUGUUGUUUCUUAAACAACAAACUGAAAGAACUUUAUUUUCAUAAGAUAUUCUAUAAUUUCUUUCUCUGCCUUAGAUAUCACAGAUGUAAAAGGGUCAAGGGGGCCUUGGAUAUUAAGAAGGCCUGGGGGUUUAUAGGGAUCAGUCUAACUGAAGCAGCUGCAUCAGUUACUAGAAAAACCAGAAUACAGCCUUUGCCCUAGAUUAGGAACAUACUUUCAAGAAGUUAAACAAAAACUAAAAGACUCAUUGCUGAAAUAUUCAGUCUGGGAUGCCAGUACCUGGGAGGAAUGUCUUCUAACUACUUUUAGAAAAGAGUAUUAUUUAUUCAUUGAAAAUUUGUCCCAUACUAAUAUGUCACAUUUUACAAACAUGAGUUUUCUCAGUUAUAUUACACUCAAAUGUAAGCUAAAUUUAAAUGAUUCUUUAAGGCGGGGGAAAGUGUGUCGUAUAAUAUUGUGAACUGUUUAGCUUUAUUGAAAUACUAAGAGAAAGUGCCUCAUUGCUAAAGUGCAUUUCUGUUUUAGACUUACUGCAUAAAUUAUCUGUACCUGUCUUAUGAAUGGUUUUGUAGCUAAAUAGGGUCUCCUAAGUUAAGAGCAAUCUCCUUUUGAAUGAUUUACAUAAGAAAAUAGAUAACACCAAAGACAUUUUACUAUUAAUAACCAUGUCAGAAAGACAGUUUUAACAGUUUGCAGGUUAGAAUUUUUUAGAUUGCAAUUUACUUUGACAUAUUUAGGCAAUAACCUCGAGUAAUUGCUAAAAUAUCACCAAAGAAAGGCUUUAAACUGAAUUUUCAAGGUAAGAUCAAUCAAAUGCAGGUUUUUCUUGCAAUAAUCAGAGCACACUUCCUUUCAAAUAUGUUCCUUGUUUUUCCAGCACCAUCUGACAGAUCUUAGGAAAUCCUCAAAGAUGAGAAAAAGAUUAACAACAAAUAGCCUCCCUCUGGAUGAAAAGUGGGAGAAAUGCAUAUUUUGAGAAGAAACUGAGAUUUUAAAUUCUAAUUUGAGAAGUUCUUUAUUCCAUGGAGGUGGUAUAAAAUUAUGUUUAGUUUCUGAGUUCUUAGUAAAAAGAGAAAUUUUAUUACAGACUUUGGUAAAUGUGGACAUGCUUACUUGUAUAAAAAACAGUACAUUCUAUUGGACUUACAUGAGUAAAUGUUUAUUCUGUACUUUUUAAAAGCAAAAUUUUCAAGGCCUUUUUUUUUCUUAAAAAGUGAUUUUCAUCUUAUUUCUUGGCAAUUACUUUAUUAUUAGAAUUUAGCCAUGCAACCAAGUUUGAUGAAAAUGAGUCUCAGAUUGGGAGCAUAUACAUCAUGUUAAGCAACGCCCCCCCUUCCUCCUUUCUCCUGGGCUGCUCAUGCUGCAGGCCACCUUAAAAGUGAAGCUCAUAUUAUGAAGUCUUCCUGAUAGGUCAGUAGGUAAACCUCCUUGGAUAGGAUAAAAAUGGAUGCACUCUGUUAUAUACUCUAGCUUAUCACAACAAAUUUUCCAGCAGGCUGUUUUAUACCAGUGAGACGUUGGUUGUAAGAAUUGCAAAAAUGAAUGAGUUUGCCAUAUAACUUUAAUUUUCUGGAUUAGAAAUACAAAAAUGUGAAAUGGCUAUUAAGAUAUAUAUCCCCACAAUAAGGAACUUAACAUGUCUGCCAGAUCUGGUCUAUCAAAAAUUGAAAAAUAUUCAAUAUACUAGAGACUCAGAAACCCUUGAAAAGCACAAAAUAACCAAUUCUGGAUUUACUUGAUAUACCUAGUACAUAAUAUUUUCAUGGAAAAACAUCAGAUUGAAAGUUUAUUAAAGUGUACCUGAAGUACAUUGCAGGGUUUUCAUAGGUUUUUUUUCUUAAAGCAAUGGCAUUUUCCCAAUAAUUUAGAAGUGUUUCUCUUCCUAGUGUAACUUUCACUACUGUAAUGCGUUUACUUAGUAUCCUAUGUUUUUAAAUAGAAUCAAAGUGGUUGAGCACUUCCUUUUCAGAAAGUUAGGAAAUUAAACUUAAAAGUAAAUUAUUUUAAAUGCUCAUUAAAAUGUGUCUACCUACUCAUGCUUUUUCUAGGAUUCAAAACAGUCGUUGUUCAGAAAUGGUUAAUUCUCUUUAGUUAAUUAUCUUUACAUCUAGAAUCAAGUGAAACAGAUAUAUGUUAAAUACUAGGUCUAGUUUUCUUCCAUCCUUCAGAGCAUCAUGGAAUAAGAAACUAAUCUAGUAUAAUUGAAGAUUAAAUAUUUCUGAGCAAUGUAGAGAGUAAACAUUACUUAUCCAUAGAUUUCACAUUAGUCCCACCAGAGAAGUAGUUCUACACAUUAGAAAUGCAAUGGGAUCAGCCUAACAUUGUUUGGAAGCAGUUUUCUUUUGCUGUAUUUUUAGAAUGGGGAUGGGGGCCCAAGUGUCCUUACGAAGCUGUGGUCCAUGACGGGAGCUUUUGGGUUGGGGGGGUGCACCAGCGUUCCACUCGGCCCUGCAUCAGGCAGCACAACAUGAGCACCAAUUUUUCAGAGUAGCCCUCACGUUCCACAAAACCAUCAUAGACUAUACUGUACAGUUAUGUUGCUCACUUUCCUUUGAAAUAUAAACUGUUUUAAGCUUUUUUUGUCAAAAGUGGUAACAUCUUAAUACAAAUAAAAACCUUUUUGUGGUUGUAAGAUUUAGCUUAUAAAUCAUUCAAAUUGAAGUGAAAGAUUACCAGGUCAUUGUUAAUGACUUAGUCUAUUAAGAAUAUAUGUAUUUUUGUAAAGGAAAAGCACUUGUAGAUAUUUAAUCAGUACAAGAUAUAUGUCUGUUUUGCAAAAAUGCUGCUUAGAGAUUCUCUUUAAAUAUUUUUUAUUUUUGUGCUCAAAUGUAUUUUCUGUUGAUCUAUGGAAUGUUCUGUAUAAAGCUGUAUGGUUGUACUGUUGGGCUAGAUUCUUUUGUUUUCUAAAAUCUGGACUUAGCCAAGUAUAUUUGACCAUGUUAAAAAUAGUAUCUUUGUUAUUAAAAAUUUGAUUGCAUAA